AUCGAUAUUGGGAAGCGGGACCUUCGCGAUCUGAAGUUCGUUGCCCCAACUAUCAAGCGGCUCAAGUUGGAGCGCGACAUGUUUGGCUACGAAGACGCCAUAGCUUUGUAUGAUUUUGAGAACUUGGAAGAAGUUCACAUUGUUUGCCCAAGUGAGCGCAUUUUGCAACGCUCCGGUUGCGUCAUCAUGUCAUUUUACCAUGGCCGCUUGGACAGAAAACGCAUUACCUUGGUCGACAAAGCCAAUGAUCACACCACGACUCUGUUUGAAUGGAAUCGGGAAGCUGAAGAACGCUUCGAGCCGCACCGAGAGGAGUGGGAGGUUGGAUUCAAAGGAGACAAACCCUGGUGCUCAACUGCCCACAUCUACUACGCUAUUAUGUACACGUAUAUUAAGACUCCAGAUAGCCGAAGGCUGUGAUUUUUGAAGGAUGUUGAGAAAAAGAACGCAUAGAUCAAGUUCACCUUCAC